AAACACACUUGACCUUGUUUUCUUCAAUGAUUUUAUACUUGAAUAUAAAUUCUUCAACAUAUCUCAUGCAUGGUGUGAUUACUAAUUAGAAAGAUUCAUCUCUUUCAUACUUCAAAUAAAUUUUAGUUACCCUCAAGUUAGUGUUUCUUGCAAAAAAGAUAGCUCCUAUAAAUCAUCAAAACCUAAACCAAAGAAAAAGUUUGUCUCUCCAUGCAAGACAAAGAAGUUGUUAGCAAGGAAGGGAAAGAAAUGGAAACGGAAGAAGGAACUCGUGCGAAAGAAGAAACCCUACCUCCUGGAUUUCGAUUUCAUCCAACCGAUGAAGAACUCAUUACUUACUAUCUUGUAAACAAGAUUUCAGAUGCUGAUCAUUUUACUUGCAAAGCAAUAGGUGAUGUAGAUCUCAACAAGUGCGAGCCAUGGGAGCUUCCUGGGAAGGCAAAGAUGGGUACAAAAGAAUGGUACUUCUUCAGUCUAAGAGAUCGUAAAUAUCCAACAGGUGUGAGAACUAAUAGAGCAACAAACACUGGAUAUUGGAAAACCACAGGGAAAGACAAGGAGAUAUUCAAUAGUGUUACUUCUGAGUUGGUUGGUAUGAAGAAGACUUUAGUUUUUUACAAAGGUAGGGCUCCUAGAGGAGAAAAAUCCAACUGGGUCAUGCAUGAAUACCGUAUUCAUUCAAAAUCAACCUUCAGAACCAACAAGCAAGAUGAAUGGGUGGUUAGCAGGGUAUUCCGCAAAAGUGCAGGUGCAAAGAAGUACCCUUCAUCAAACCCUAAUAGAUCAGUCAUGAUGAAUCCUUACAAUAUCAAUCUAGAAGUUGCUCAUCCUAACUUCAACAACAAUCACAAUAUGCCACCACCACAAAUGAUGCAGCUAGGACUAGAUCCUGCAACUCAUUUCCAGCUCUAUGGAAGAAACUACAUCAACACUGCAGAAGUUCUACGAGCCGGUAUACCGAUGCAGCAAUAUUCCAAUUUGAAUUUUCCAGUAUCAUCAUCAUCAACAUCACCUUUAGGAGUUGGAGAUGUUGGAGGAUUCACUAUUUCAGGGCUUAAUUUGAAUCUUGGUGGAUCAACUUCAUCACAAACCAUUUUAAGGCCAAUGCCAUCAACUGUUCAUAAUGCUAUGCAUGAUUUUAGCUCCAAUAUGAUGAUGGCGGGUGCAAAUAGUAAUAUUCAGAUUGCUGCAGAGAAUAAUAAUAAUAAUAAUCAUAAUGUAGGGUAUGGUGGAGGAGAUCAGGUGAAUAAUGCAAACCCUAAUAGGUACAAUAUGCAAGGUACUAUGGAUCAUUGUGUGGAUCUUGAUCAUUACUGGCCACCUUCCUACUGAUGAAUUUCAUUGGGAUUAGUUCUUCAUUUUGUUUAUUUGCUAUGAUAGGAGACUUUAUGAAUAUUUGAUAAGCUAUGUUUUUUCAAGUGUUUUUAAUUGUCUUGUGAGGGUCAAGUUAAUACCCUACAAACAAAGUUCUUAAUGUUUAUUUAGAACUCUCUUUUCUUUAGAUUGAGAUCAUUGUUGUGUUGUGUACUAAUAAAAAAAAAUCAAUGUUGUGUUUA